UCGUACCGGAAACGCCACCGCUGUCAAACUUCUUUUUGACAAUCGCAUCACCGUCUGUCAAAUUAAUUCUUUCUUGUUCGACUCUCUCUUUUCCGGCCUGUACGGCAGUUGUGUGAACACAUUUUUGUAAAGGGCCAAGGCUAACGAAACCCGUUCAAGAUGGUGAAGGGAAAUCAUAUGAUUUCGAAUGGUCACUUCCAUAAGUACUGGCAGCGACAUAUCCGGACCUGGUUCAAUCAACCGGCCCGUAAAUACCGUCGCAGACAGAACCGUAUCAAGAAAGCUAAGGCUGUAUUCCCCCGGCCGGCUGCCGGUCCGCUGCGUCCGAUUGUGCGUUGCCCAUCGCAGCGUUACAACACCAAGGUCCGAGCUGGACGUGGAUUUACGCUUGCCGAACUGAAGGGUGCUGGUCUCACCAAGGGCUUUGCGCAGACGAUUGGUAUUUCGGUUGACCCCCGUCGCCAGAACAAGUCGGUGGAGAGCCGCCAGAAAAACAUUCAACGGCUGAAGGAGUACCGCAGCAAGCUGAUUCUGUUCCCGAUCCACCCGAAGAAGAAGCUGCGCAAGGGUGAAGCUACCGAAGAGGAGCGCAAAUUGGCCACUCAACUGAAGGGCCAGGUACUGCCGAUCAAGAACGAAAAACCAACGAUCGAGUACCGUCCGAUCACCGAGAAGGAGAAGAAGUUCUCCGCUUUCCUGGCCGUGCGGCAAGCUCGUCUGCAUGCGCGUCACUUCGGUGCCCGCGCCAAGAAGGCAAAGGAGAAUGCGGAGAACGAAGCCAACCCAGCUGCGGCUACCGAGAAGAAAGGCAAAAAGUAAACCAACUCUGUCUGCGGGUUACAAUUUGUAAUAUUUUCUUUAUAAUUUUGUCGUGCGGUUAAGUGAGAGGAACGUAAUAAAUGCUUUGGAUGAGUGUUAACAAGUCCAAGUGGAAA